AUGUUGCUACGAGCUGUAGCUUUUCUACUACUUUUCACUGGUGCUCAGAGUACAUGUUAUUAUGAAACUCAAACGUACGACCCAUAUACCUGGCCAACUGUUUAUAUUAUAAAUCCUUAUAAUGAAACGACUUCUUCACCUGAAGCCGGUACUUGUACGCUCCACCUUUAUUCAAAUAAUUCCACUCUGGGAUUCGGUGAUUUUACUCUGUCGGACACUACAAGUGCUACGGGUUGGACUGUAACUGUGAUUGACUCACAAGGAACACACAAAUUCUCUGGUAAAGCCGAUCCUGCCUAUAACAACUUUUUGAAAUAUGUUACGACAUCUAGUAAUAUCACAGUCACUCUCACAACAGACAACGACUCGGUACAAUUCUUGGCAACUAUGACAGCCAAGCCCAUUGGACAGCUCAUCGCAACUACAGCUGCUCCUGUUAUUUCCAGCACGCUUCCUUAUAAAACUGUAGGAGGGGUUAUCAAUAAUCCAGCUCUCAUUGCUGCAGAUAUUGCUUUUGCUAUCGAUUCUUUCGCCGGAGCUGGAGGUUUCCUGGAACAGAGAAAACGAUUUGUAUCCACGCUUUUGCGUUCACUCAGCUUAACUGACGAUCCUAGCAAUACCUAUCAAUCUCGUGUAGCUAUAACAUCUUUGAACCCGAUGGCUGGUUCGUAUGGACCAUAUGGACCGACCUGGGCAAUGACCAGUACUAGUCAAGUGACAACCCAAGGCUUGGCAGGAGUAUCUGCAUUUCCAGCCCAGUCAUACUGGGCAAGUAGUUUGAAAGGAAUAGCUCAACAUCUCUUUAGUAUUGAUAAAGCAGGAUCGACUCCUUCUAGACCUCAUGCUCAAAGAAUUCUAAUGAUAGUGUUUUCUGACCCACCAGCCGAUGCCGACGUUUUCUUGCUCGAUAACUUUGAUAGUCUCCAGACCGCUUUUGAUGCUACCGAUGUGGUUCCUGUUUUUAUUUUAUAUGGGGGUGAUACCUCUUCUAAUUUCUAUACGGCUUUGUCUAAGAAGUAUGUUACCAUUCCUAUAACAGAUACCACUAUAGAUUCUAUCAACACAGUUCUCGCUAACUCCAUUGAUAUCGGAACCAAGCUUUGUCCCGAUCCAUAUUUAUCAUUCAAUCCCGUUAUGCUACCACCUACCACUGGACCUCAAUCUUUAACUUAUAAUAUACCUAGUGGAUAUACUGGAGUUAAGGAUGGCAAUGAUUCUCCAACGACAUGGAACACGGAUCCUCAAAAAUUCCGAUACUGUAACUUUUACGAUGCAACUUACAAUUUCACAACUAUGGAUCCUUACGUAUGCUUCAAAGCAUUCUAUGAACUGGAAGUUGAAAAAGAUUUCCUUCGGUUUUAUAGCGGAACACAAGAGCUCGUAAGUUUGAGUGGAAUAGAUAUUUCCGGAUCAGUCUUUGCCAUUCCCAGACCAAGUUCUGCUCCGGAUGGUCUUUACUGGUCUGCUCUUUCUAGGUUUACCACAAACGCAAACCAAGUCUAUGGAGGUUUUUCUUUCACAGUGUACAGUGCAUCUGAUUCCAAAUGUACGCCACCAAACUAA